AUGCCUUCCUUCCUACAUGCUAGCGACAGGCGCUGCGCAGAGUUCAUCAUGCAUCCCGAUGCGCACCGUGUGCGUCUUCCAAGCGGUUCCGACCUCUACUUCACACUACCAAUCCACUUGGACACCCGACAGCCCAUGCCGCCCCAGGACCUGGCCGCACUUGAUGCAUACCUAGAACGGACCCCACCACAUCCUUCAGAAGGACCAAGCGGUCCCACUCACCAGAAUAACCUCGAAGUGCGAAGUAUCAUUAGUGACUGGCUCGAAGGCUCCCAGUACCUCGACGACAUGGAGAUGUACGCGUGGGAGUCCGGUCAUGGCUUUCCGAUAUUUGAUGAAUUCGGCAUGCCAGUUGACUUUCAGUGGGUGUGGGAUGUCAUCGCUUUUGAGGGAGGUGAGGAGUUGAUCGCCCGUUAUGUCGAAUACAUCAACGAUUCUGCUGAGCUACACGCACAAGGUCAUGCCGAAGACCACCACGACUCCGCUUCUAUAGGCCGCGCUACUCGCACAUCCCACACGCCUGCUCCCGGUUCUCCGCUCGAGCAACCUCAGCAUCACCGCUUCGGCCGGUUCCGUGUGGCAACCCAGUCCGACGGACCCGUCUCCGUAGGUGGAGCUGACUUUGCAAAUAUGGACGAUUGUCUAGCAUUCCUGGAUACCCUUACCGACAUCGAAGCGAAGUUGCUCAGUAAGAAUGUCAUACAGUUGGAAGGCGAUAGCUCCACUGGAUUGCGCAUGGUACCUGGACCGAAUGCGAAGGUCCUCUCUGAGCGGACUACGCAGGAUAAGAAGGAAGCUGUUCAGAUUCAGGCAUCCCCGGCUGAUCAUCGAAUCCGUCAUGUGCAUGUCCAACAAGCAGAUAUUCAACCUGCUCAAAUCCACACUAUUACAGCUAAUCCUCCAAGCCAUAAGGUGAUCACUCGCCAAGAAGACCAAAUUCAACAACCCAUUGUUUUCCUCCAAGAGAACCCCGUCAAACAAGAAAAGAAACCCGUCCAAGAGCAGAAGCUAGCCUUUAAGCGCGUAGCAUCACCACCCAAGCAGACGGUAGCCGCCGAGCUCGACCCCUUCCGCUUCUACGGCCGCGAAAGCACGCACGGAGUACAAAACCAAGCUGCCAACGACCAGAGGCUGUUGGAAGAGCUCCAAAAUCUAUGGGAUGAGUCCCAAAACCUGGCCGAUGAGUACUACCAAGUUUCCAGCGAGCCCCCUACUUGGCGUGCCAAAGAUCCACGGAAGGCCUAUAACAAGGUAGUAACAAUUGAUCUGCGCGGGCAAGACGCACCCGGAUUUCGACCUCUAUUUCCGCCCUCUGGCGUAGAUCCUUCUCAGAAGUCCACUCUCGCUCACAAGUCCACGCCCGCUCACAAGACCGCCCACUUCAUCUCUGCAGAUGCGCGUCGUAAAAUCUUCGGCGAAGAACCAAGUGCUCACCGCAGUUUGUCGUUUCAAGAAAUCACUAGUCUGUCCAGGCGCCCCAAGGCCACUGGUAGGUCCUCGAGCUACGAAGCUGGCGUCGACGACCCUGCCCACCGCAUGUGUGGGACGAGUGCGCAUCAGGCGCAUGCGGAGGAUAGCCCGGAUGAUAGCACGGAGAGUUCGCCUCGCCCAGCUCCCGGCGGUUCGUGGAUGGAUGCUCUUGAAGAGUUGAUGUCUUGA